AUGUUUUAUUCUUUGUCUUUCAAUUCAUCACGAGGAUGUGUCAAUUUUCAACAAAUACUUAUUGUUGGAAUUAUUGUUGUAGAUAUGUCGAAUAAUACGGUAUCACAAAGAGAAAAAGAUGAAGCGGAACGUGAAGCAGUUGAUAAGAUGAAACGUGAUGCGUUAACUCAAGUAAUCGAUCAAUGCAGCGAUCUGAUCAAAUUAAGGCAAUGUGUGUGCGAUUUACGUUCAAUUGGUAUAUGUCUUGAGAAAUGGUGGACUGAUCGAGUGUUACCUCAAUUUUUUUUUAUUACAGUAUGUUUCAAUGACAAGACUUAUGACAUGUACAUUAAUGAGUAUAUUUUGGUGGCCAACAUACUAUUUGAACUUAACUUUAUUGGACUACUCGAGCCAUGGGAAGCAGCGCGUGCUUAUUUAGAAAGUACUGAUGAUAGAACGAUAUUUGACCUUGAUAAUCGGAUGAGUAUUGAUCUCACUGGCAGUCGACUAAUCUUACAUAAACGAGAAUCCAUACCAGACACCAUGCAAAUAUUUGUUAAAGGCUUAACUGGAUGUACAACUACAGUCCAAGCUCGACCCAAUAGCGCAAUUAAAUAUGUAAAACUUCAGAUCCUUGCCUAUGAUGGAAUUCCAAUAGAAAAACAGGGUCUUAUAUUUGCUGGUAAACUACUUGAAGAUGGACGAACAUUCGCUGAUUACAAUAUUACAAAGGAGAGUACAUUGCAUCUUGUAUUAUCUCUAACUGGUGGAAAGCCUAUUAUUCGUCUCUCUUCAUCAAACAAUAUGGUAAUUUCGAAUGUAAAUGUUCGCCUUGAUCUUGCUAAUAGUAUAUGGAAUCUAUCAAGCAUAUAUCCGAUAUCAUCCAAUACUGAUAAAAUGUCAUUUAUCGAAUGGAACAAUAUUCAGGUGCAUCCAGAUGGACGUUUACUUUUUGAAAAUAAACACAAAAUUAUUGAAAAUGAUCGUCUUUUUCCAUCGAUUGUUGAUGAAAGUGAGCAUCGAAUGCUUUUCUGGGAAGCAUUAACAAAUACAAAUUCAUCAUUUUUUGAACUGAACGAUGGUUUAUGUGUACCUCGACGAGAUUUCUCACGUAUUCUUAAUUAUCUACUUAAGAAAAUGUCAUUUUCAGUAGAAGAUCGAGAUGAUAUGAUUACAUAUGUUCUUCCACACCUUGAUGAUGCUGAUCCUGAUUAUACAAAUGUAAAUGUUGUAUUUCGUUUUCUUUCACAAGAUGAAUACUCAUCAAUAGCAAAACUGAGUGUUGGACCUGUUCCUGAACGAAUUAUUCGUGCUUUUCUUCUCUAUCGACUUGCUAACAACGAAGAACAAAUCUCAAACAUUGAUGAAAUCGAGAAUGUAAUUCAUUCGAUCUGUCAUCAAAAUUCAUCAUCAAGUGGUCUCAUCGUUCAUGAGUGGGGUUCUAUGUUUUUAUAUUGA